GUACAGCACUCUGGAGGAGUGUGCAUCAGCCCUUGCUUGGGACACCAGCCAGGUGCUGGUACACGCGCAGUAGGGGAGACAAUGGCCUUUUCUGUUACUGCUCAGAUGCGCUUGUCACAUUCUUUAAUCGCCAACGGAAACUAUUUACUAUCAAGGUCUAGGCCUGUCUGAAGUGAGAUGAGGCAGAGCUGUAGCAGUGGGCUGGGCUUCUUCCACAGUGACUUCAGGAAAACCUCCCACUGUGUCCCCGGGCCGGGCCCCUUCCCUCGGGAAGGACAGCGGAAGACAGUGGGAGGCAGGAGGGAGCGCUGGGGGCUGCGUCACCCACGCUUCCCUGGCUGUCAGUCUCCCAGCACCCCGGCCUCGCAGGUAGAGACGCCCCCUCCCGCGGUUCGCGCGGCUGCGAAGGAGGGGCUGGGCUCCGAGCGCCCGCCCCUCCAUCUAUCACAUGGCCGGAGAGUCACAAAAACAACAGCUUUGGCCAAGACCGUGACUUCAGGAAGGGAACCCAGGGCCCUCACCGCCAGCCCCCUCCCCAUGGAGGACAGUUUUCUGGAAUCGUUUGGGAGGCUGAGCCUCCACCAGCGGCAGCAGCAGCAGCCGCCUCCUCGGCCGCCGCCCGCGCGGGGGCCACCUCCGCGUCGCCACAGCUUUAGGAAACACCUCUACCUCCUGCGCGGCCUCCCGGGCUCGGGGAAAACCACGCUGGCCAGAGAAAUGCAGCGUGACUUUCCCAGGGCCAUGAUUUUCAGCACCGACGAUUUUUUCUUCGGGGAAGAUGGUGCCUAUGAGUUCAACCCGGACUUCCUGGAGGAAGCUCAUGAGUGGAACCAGAAGCGAGCAAGGAAAGCAAUGCAGAAUGGCAUAUCCCCCAUUAUUAUUGAUAACACCAACCUGCACGCCUGGGAAAUGAAGCCCUAUGCAGUCAUGGCACUUGAGAAUAACUAUGAAGUUAUAUUCCGAGAACCCGACACUCGCUGGAAAUUCAACGUUCAAGAGUUAGCCAGAAGAAACAUCCAUGGAGUCCCACGAGAAAAAAUCCACCGAAUGAAAGAACGGUAUGAACAUGAUGUUACCUUUCACAGUGUCCUCCAUGCAGAAAAGCCAAGCAGAGCGAACAGAAACCAGGACAGGAACAGCGCGCCUCCCAGUGGCUCUGGGUACUGGAGCACCUACACAGAGCUCCCCAACCGAAGGGCUCAGGGCGGCUUCUCCAACGAGAGCUUCAGAAGGGGUGGCUGUCACCAUGGAUAUUAGCUGUCUGUGCACAGCCACUGCAGAAUUUUCCUAAAGAAGUUUCUACUUCAAUUUUUGGUAUUUAUUCUUUGUUCAGUUUUAGCCAGAGCUCUAAUUCCAAUGUAAAUAGCCAAGCCCAGAAAUUUCUGAACAGAGGUCAUUAUAUUCAUUAUCUCCAACAAGCGAUGUCAGAGAGCGCCCAUGUGGCUUGGCGAUGGGGAUUCUGCUGAGGACCCAGAGGUCUUUCUCUAGAGGAGCUGAUUUGAAACCGAGAUCCAAGAUUAUCACUUAGUUGCGGAGUCAUAAACAAAGCAUUCCUAGCACAUCUCUAUGGGCUACAGUACCACUGCCUUUGACAGAUCCAUCUUCUCCAUAAAGCAGGAGUGUGAGGGGGACGGAGGCGGAGGCAGGAAGCAGCUCAGUGCCCUUGCUGCUCUGACAGUCUGCAUCCAGAGACCAGAGCCAUCACUCUAAUGGCACUGAUUUUCUUUUAGACUUAAUGUACAGAAGGGGAUGUUGUCCUUCAGGGUACCAUUAGGGGACUUUUCCCCUUAAAGAUGUGUCACUGUUAAACACGCCUAUGAAUUCUCAGUACUUGGCCCCUAAGGAGAAUGAGUACCAUUACAGUCAGACCCUGCUGCGCUCAGCAGCGUCAGCGGGACAGAACCCCUUCCCCCCUCCAGCUCGUAGUCUAGCAAUGUAAAUAACCUGCUUUCGCAAAACACCAGUUUUAAAGAGUCAUCAAGUGAUUUCCGAAAUGAUGUCUCUAACGUGUGAUUAGUUAGCCACCCAGAUGUUUGGGAGUGCAAAGCAAUGAAGCAGCCAGGGUUUAGGUCAUACAAGGAGAUGUGAAAGUCAUGCUCAUUGAGAUCAGCAGGGUAUGUAUGUCAUGUGGAGUGCCCCUCAGAUCAGUUAUGAAUUUAUGAGUUCAAAUUAAAUCCCAGCAGGCUGGAAUCAGAUUCAUUUGGUACGAGAUUGUGACAAGACCAUGUAGAAUGUAUGGUCUAUUUAUUUUUUGGCCAACAGCUUCUUUCUAAUGUUUUGUGAAAUAUUAUUUUAAGUGUCUUAUAUAAUGGUGCUUUUAUGGUUAUUAAAAUUGUAUAUGGUAUUGCAUUUA